AUGAAGGGCGAGAUUCUUCACCUCCACCUGGGCCAGGCUGGUACCCAGCUCGGUAACUCUGCUUGGGAGCUCUACCUCCUCGAGCACGGCCUCGGCCCCGAUGGUCGUCCCGACCCCAAUGCUGGCGAUAUUGGUGAGGGAGGCUCCUUCGAGACCUUCUUCACCGAGACGAGCAGCGGCAAGCAUGUUCCUCGCUCCAUCUUUGUCGAUCUCGACCCCUCUCCCAUUGACGAGAUCCGAACUGGUGGUUACCGCCAGCUCUUCCACCCCGAGCUGUUGAUCAGCGGCAAGGAAGAUGCUGCCAACAACUAUGCUCGUGGCCACUACACCAUUGGCAAGGAGAUGGUCGACAAUGUCAUGGAUCGCAUCCGCCGCGUGGCUGACAACUGCCACUCUCUCCAGGGCUUCCUUAUCUUCCACUCCUUCGGCGGUGGUACCGGCUCCGGUUUCGGUGCUCUCCUCCUCGAGCGCCUCUCUACCGAGUACGGCAAGAAGUCUAAGCUCGAGUUCGCCGUCUACCCUGCUCCCCGAACCUCGACCGCCGUUGUUGAGCCCUACAACGCCGUUCUGUCGACUCACAGCACCAUUGAGAACUCUGACUGCACGUUCCUCGUCGACAAUGAGGCCGUCUACGACAUUUGCCGUCGCAACCUCGAUAUCCCCCGUCCUUCGUACGAGCACCUGAACCGCCUGAUCGCCCAGGUUGUCAGCUCCAUCACCUCGUCUCUCCGAUUCGACGGUGCUCUCAACGUCGAUCUCAACGAGUUCCAGACCAACCUGGUUCCUUACCCUCGAAUUCACUACCCCCUCAUCAGCUACGCUCCUGUCAUCUCCUCUGCCAAGAGCGAGCACGAGAGCUUCAAGGUCCACGACCUCACCUUCCAGUGCUUCGAGCCCAACAACCAGAUGGUGGUUUGCGACCCCCGAAACGGCAAGUACAUGGCCGUCGCUCUCCUGUACCGUGGAGAUGUUGUCCCCCGCGACUGCAACGCUGCCAUUGCUGCCCUCAAGGCCAAGGCCUCAUUCAACCUCGUCGAGUGGUGCCCUACUGGUUUCAAGCUUGGCAUCAACUACCAGAAGCCCAUGGCUGUUCCCGCGGCUCCCGAGGAUGGUGGUCUUGCUUCCGUCAAGCGAUCCGUUUCCAUGCUUUCCAACACCACUGCCAUCGCCGAGGCCUGGUCGCGUCUUGACUACAAGUUCGACCUCAUGCACAGCAAGCGUGCCUUCGUCCACUGGUACGUCGGCGAGGGUAUGGAGGAAGGCGAGUUCACCGAGGCCCGUGAAGAUCUCGCUGCUCUGGAGAAGGAUUACGAGGAGGUUGCUGCCGACUCGUUCGAGCCCGAGGAGGAGGUCGAGUACUAG